UGUAGCUCGCGUCGUGUCGAGAGUUAGCAUUGUUCUGCUGAUACUCAGCCUCGUGAUUUUGUUUUAUCUCUGGCAGCGCUCGUUUACGAUUGGACACGAUGAAUUAUAUUUCAAUCAUACGCUUGCCAACAUUCUCAAGCCUCGCUGGAUGGACAGCCCGGGUCACGAGGAAGUGGCCAGUUUUCUCUUUGACGAACUGGGUUCACUUGGGUUUAUUGCGUUCCGCGACCAGUUCUUUGACCAACGAACGUUUACCAAUAUUUUGGGUAUUAUGAAUAUAGAUGCCCCAAGUUUCCUAUUGCUCACCUGUCAUUACGACUCGAAGUUUUUGAAAAACUCUCCGGACUAUGUGGGUGCCACAGAUGGCGCUGUUUCGUGUGCGAUACUUCUCCACAUGGCCAAGGUGUUACAUGAGUACCUUCGUGAGCAGUUCCCCAACAAAGAGGAUAUUGGCUUGAUGCUAGUGUUCUUUGACGGCCACGAGUCCAUGCUGGAAGAUGUCAAAGAAGAUCUCAAUUCUCUUAACGGUUCGCGACACUUUGCUGCAAUCGAAACUAUGCCCCUACGAAGUAUUGAGUUAAUCAUUUCAUUAAACCUUAUUGGCGCGCCGGAUCAUAUCUUUCUGAGCCACUUUAGUAAUACGUAUAUCUUGCAUGAGCGCCUGGCAGACAUCGAAGCGGAGCUGAGAAAAGCGGGUCAGCUCACCGAGUGCCACAAGCUGUUCCAUAAGAUCAAAGAUCAUGAUAGCGACAUUGAAGAUGAUCAUUAUCCCUUUAUAAGUGAAGGCGUGACAGCUAUGCAUAUAGUGCCCCAUACUUAUCCAGAAUAUUGGCACACAGAAAAGGAUAACUUAGCAAAUCUCUACUGGCCAGCAAUACGUAAUAUGAACUUGAUUUUUCCCCAAUUCGUUUACGAGUAUUUGGAAAAUCAUAUUGAAUUCCUAUCAAGAAUUGGCAAAUAUGGAUAA